AUGGAGGAAGGUUUAGGCACUAUUAAAAAAAUAAAAAACAACAUCAGUAAAAUUUAUUUUAACAAGUCAAAUAAGAAAAAUGGGGAUUUUAAAGAUGAUCACAUUGAAAUAAUUUUGGAUAAUAAAAAUAUAACUCCAAAGCCAAUAUAUUUUAACUUUCAAGAAAUCGAGACAAAAAAAUCUUUUGACCGAAUCGAUCAACUACUUAAGCAUUUCGAUACCAAGCCUGAUCAUGACGAACAAAGAAAAAAUUUGGAAAUAUCAAAUGAAGACGAUCAAUCAAGAAAUAUUAAAAAUGCCAAUUUAAAUGGUUUUGAAAAUUUGCAUUUACAUAAAGACACUAAUCGAACUAAUUAUUCAGAAUAUGAGCAAUAUGAAAAGGAAAUUUUAAAUUUUUAUGAUGAAAUCCUUUUAACUGAAACGGAAACGAUAAACUUAUUGAACAUACCAAACAUAUUAAAGGAUUCUGAAGAAGACAAAAUGCAAGCUCAGAAAACAAAUGAAAAAUAUGAAAAAUUAUUAAGCAAUGACGAAAGUAAUUGCAUAAAUAAGUCCAUGCAAACAUUAAAUGUCUUCAAAAAAAAUAAAGAUGUUUAUGUCUCUAUUAUUAACAAGCAAAACAAUUAUUCCCAAACGAAUUUAUACGAAUUACACAAGUUAACUAUGCGAAACUCAUCCAACAUACCCGAAUUUCUCCACAAAAAAUUUAUAAAAUACAGAAAUAAAAAAUUUAAAAAAAUAAUGGAUGAAUAUGGAGAUUUCUUAAACAUUAACGAAAGAAUAAUUUUAAAAAAAAAUAUGUGGGUUCAAGUUGUUGACAAAAAUGUUGUUGAUAAUAAACAAACAACAAUUAUACCAAAGUCGUUUUAUAAAUCGAAAAAAACUAACACAUCUCUUUUUAACACUUUGUUUUCAACAAAAAAUACGUCUAGAAGCUUAUCAAAUAAAAGUAGAACAUCUAGAUCGAAGGGAAAAUUUAAAAACAUGAAAACGAUGAAGUUUUUGACCAGCAGCUUUAGUGAAGAUGAAUAUUUAAUAAAGUCUAUAAUUAAAAAGAAAAAAGAACAAGGUGAUGAUCAAGAUGGACAAGAAAAUAAUAUUGAAGAUGAUGAUAAUAAUUUACCAUGGAAAAUAAAUAAUAAAAAAAAAAUGUUAAAUAAAGAAAAUUUUAUAUUACUAUUAAAAACGCUAGAAAAAUGUAUAAUACAAAAUAUUUAUUAUUAUGAGCAAAUGCUUUAUAAAAAUAUUCACUUAAGUUAUAUUAAAGAUUUCAGGAAAAAUAACAAUAUUAAAAUGUUUGAUGGUGAAAAUUACGAUGUUCUUACCAAUCUGAAUAUUAAUUAUAAAAAGAAAAAAACUAUUAUAAGAACAAAGAUUAAAAAAAAUAUUAAAAAGAUAAUUAAUUUUUAUCAGAUUAAUAAAUAUAUAGACACUGUAGAAAAUUUUAAGAUACCUGCAAAAUGUGAUCCAAGUAAUGAAAAUAUAAAUACUAUUGUUAAUCCAAUAAAAAAAAAAUUGCGUUCUUUGCCAAAAGGGAAAAAGGGAAUUAUAUCUAAGCGAAUUAUGGCUAGUAAACUAAGAUUUAAAAUAAGAAACAAAGCUCGAAAAAGGACAGAACAAAUAAAAGACAAGGAUCAAAUUAUAGAUGAUACCAAUAUUAAUGGUGAUUAUAAACUACAAAAUAAAGGCAUAAAUGAUCAAAAUCCAGAUGAAGAAAGCACGAAUUCUAUCUUAAAAAAAAAGGCAAAUGAUGAUAAAACAAAUGAGUGGGACCAAGAAAUAUUAAGUAUCAUUAUAAAUCAUAAUAAUAAUGAAGAUAAGCUAAAAAAAAUAAGCAUGUUAAUUGAAGACGAUGUUUUUAAAGAUAAUAAUACAGGUGUUAAUACCAUUUCCAAUGAUGAAACAAAGAAUGAUCAAAAUUUUGAAAAACCUAAAAAUUACGAGAAAAAAAAAUUGUCACAUAUAUUAAAAAAAAAAAAAAAAUUCAUGUCGAUUAAUGGAAAUAGAAUAAAAAUAAAAAGAGAAGUUAAACAAAAUUAUUGUAUUUACAAUAGUAUGAGUGAUAAUGAUGAUAUGGAAAUUAAUAUAAGUUGUCUAGAAAAUGCAUAUAAAAAAGAAAAUAUAGAAACACAGUAUAAAAAUAAUACACUAUAUAAUUAUAAAAGAAAAGAAUAUAUAAAAAAUAUAUCAAUCGAUAAAUUAUUUCAAUUUCAUUAUAAGAAUUUAGAAAAAAAUGUAACCUCAAUAGAUACAAAUAAGUUUUAUGAAGAUUAUAUAACAGCUAGUUAUUCAAAUACAUUAGACAUUGGAAAUUUCCAAAAUAGUAAAGGAAAUAUUGCCAUAUUUAGUUUCAUCAAUCCAACAUAUCCUAUAAAAUUGUAUAAUUUAAAUACAAGUGUCAUGAAAGUUAAGUACUCUAAUAGUAACCCAAGUAUUUUAGUAGCUGCUUUAUGUAAUGGUCAUAUAAAUAUUUACGAUAUACGAAAUAAUGAUAAUAAUCCUGUUUUAAAAUCAACAAUGAUAAAAAAUUAUGAUAAUUGCUUUGAACCUAUUUAUGAUAUAUCAUUUAAAAAUUCAUAUACUUCUAAUUCUAUUAAUGAAUGCGUUUUUUAUUCUGCUCAUGAAAAUGGAUCAGUAUAUCAAUGGGACAUACAAAAGGAAUUAAACAAUAAAGAAAUAUUAUAUUUAAAAAAUAAAAAAAAUCAUUUAUACACUGAUUUAUCUUCUAUAUUUCAAAAUAAAAGUCUUGCAAGCAAACCAUUCAAUUCAUCAUUAACAUGCAUAGACAUCGAUAAUUAUAUGCAACAUGAUGAAGAUUUUAUUAUCAGUAAUAUUGAGAAAAAAAAUUCAACAAACAAUUUUCAUAAAAAUGAAAAAAACGAUAAUGGAUACAAUCCAAACAAUAGUAAUAUUAAUAAUAACAAUGAUGAUAAUACAAAUAAAGAGGAAAUAGAUUUGUCAAAUAAUAAUAUUCACCAUUUAAAUGAUACAGAAAAAUAUAAAGACGUAGAGGAUCUUGAUUUUGUUAAGUCUAUUUCUAAGGAAGAGGAAUUAUCGAACCAUUACAAAAACAUAACAAAAAAUAUUAUAGAUAAAACAAUAAAACCAAUUCAUUCGUAUUACUAUGUUGGAACAAAGAAUGGAAUAAUAUACCGAUGCAAUAGUUGCUAUCAGAAAUCCUUCUUAAAUUAUUAUUAUGCACAUUUUGGAUCUGUUAAUAGAAUUAAGAUAAAUCAAUUUGACCAUGAUAUAUUCUUAAGUGCAGGAGAAGAUUCGACAGUUAAAUUGUGGAAUAAAUUUUCGAACAAACAAAUCACAACUUUUAAAUCUAAGAAUUCAUAUUCAUCAAUUAAUGAUAUAUUAUGGUUACCCAAUAAUUCGACAUCAUUCUUCAGUUGCUCAGAUGAUGGACGUGUUGAAUUAUGGGAUUUUGACUUUUUAUCAAAAGACCCAUUAGUUAUUUUUUAUCCGAAUGUUAUGGAAUCUUCCAAAAUGAUUUCAUUAGAAAUGUUCAACAAAAAUGAUAUCUUGUUGUGUGGAGAUAAUUUAUCAAAUGUGUUUAUGAUCAAAAUAAUGAAUUUGGUUGAUCAAGAAUAUGACAAUUAUGAGCAAAAGGCCAAGUUGGCAAAUUGUCUAAAGCACUUGGAUACCUACGAUUACUUCUAA